AUGAUCGCUGCCAAGGCCAACAUCGCGUCCGUUCGCGGCCUCACGGCCCUGAACAAGACCGCUCGCCCCGCCCGCGCGUCGCUGCGCGUGCGCGCCGAGGCUGACAAGCAGCAGGUCAUCACCCCCCUGAACGGCGACCCCUUCAUCGGCAUGCUGGAGACCCCGGUCACGUCGUCGACGGACGUGGCUAAGUACCUGUCCCAGCUCCCGGCCUACCGCACGGGCGUGUCCCCGCUCCUGCGCGGCGUCGAGAUCGGCCUGGCGCACGGCUUCCUCCUCGCCGGCCCCUUCAUCAAGCUCGGGCCCCUGCGCAACGUCCCGGGCACCGCUGAGGUCGCUGGCUGCCUCUCGGCCGCUGGCCUGGUGGUGAUCCUCACCGCGUGCCUCGCCAUGUACGGCGCCGCGACGUUCCAGGGCAAGCCCUCGCCCGUCGGCGUCAAGACUCUCUCGGGCCGGGACCUCCCCGAGGACCCCCUGCAGUCCGCGGAGGGCUGGAACGGCUUCACGUCUGGCUUCCUGACCGGCGCGCUCUCGGGUGUGGCCUGGGCCUACGCCUGCACCCAGCUCCUGCCCUACUACUCGUAA